GCCGAGGAAAGAAAAUGCAUAGGCGCAGCUUUUUCUUAAAGGGGCAGAGCCCUGAAUAGGAGGGGUCUCGCCGGAGGAGGAAGGCGCCGUAGCCAUAAAGCUGCAGGCUGAAAGAGCAGAGUUCAACAGUGCCUUUGCAGUCGGAAGGGCAAGGACUGGUCAGCCCCGCCUGGUGAUGUGAUCCCUGCCUUGGCCAGUGGCAUCAGCAAGGGAUGGGUUUUCUCUUAUAGUGCUGUGACUUCCCAAGUCUGCAGCGAACUUCAGAAGCAGUUGUGGGGGAGGAAAGAGAAAUGGAGCAAGAGUGCCUGGCCCUUGUUGCAGCCUGCGUCCAAACCUCCCAAUUGCUUGUGCAGCAAUGGAUGCUCAACAGGCGCACCGUCAUUUUUGCCAUCGCAAGGAUUCUGCAGCGGAGGCGUUUCCGCAGAUCUGCUGCAGUGCUGAGGCGCAUCCUCUCAGCCAGCGUCCGCCGCAAGAGAGCCCUGCUGCGGCUUCAUCGCAACGCUAUCGUCUCGGUGGUCACAAUGGUGUACUCAUCAUCCCCCGCGCUCCACUACGAGCAUGAGCUGAUGGCCCUGUCGGAGCGGUCGCACUGGAUGCUUCCCAGAUGCAGCGAGUGGUGGGAGCGGAUGAUCUCUUCGGAGCAGGACGACAAGUGUUGGAUUUCUUUGUUCAGGAUGUCGCGCUCCACCCUCAUGUACAUUGCGGAGGAGCUGCGUCCGGCUCUGCAGCGGCGAGACACUGGAAUGAGGUCCCACAUCCCUGUUGAGAAAAGGGUCGCCAUGACCAUCUGGAAGCUAGCUCACCACGAUAGCUACAAGACCGUCUCUGAGCUCUUUGGGGUUGGGAUUUCGUCAGCUUGCUCCAUAUUCGAAGAGGUGUGCGAGGAACUCAAUAGCAGGCUCCUGGCCCAAACCAUUCAGCUGGGAGAUCCUCAGAAAAUCAUGGAAGGUUUCAAAGAGAUGGGCUUCCCCAACUGCCUUGGCGCUAUUGACGCGGUGCACAUUUCCAUCCUGUGCCCCCCAUUCUCUGCUGACUCCUACAUUAACUGCAAAGGCUUCUACUCGAUGGUCUUGCAGGCACUGGUGGACAGUAAAUCCCGUUUCACGGACAUCUACGUCGGUUUUCCCGAGCGAUCCCACGAUUCCCGCAUCCUGCACAACUCGCCCUUCUUCAACAGCAUGGACGAUGGCACUUUUGGGCCGCAGACUUCGACAGUUCUGGAAGGCGUUUCAAUGACCCCCGUCAUCAUCGGGGACCCCGCCUACCCACUCCGCCCGUGGCUGAUGAAGCCGUAUCCUACUCCAAAAACUGCAGCACAAGAGCAAUUCAAUGAGAGACUAGCAAAGUGCCGGGCGUGUGUGGAAAGAGCAUUCGGUGUCCUCAGGGCUCGCUGGAGAUGCUUGCAGAUGAGGCUGGACGUGAGGGAGAAGCUCAUCCCUGUGGUCAUAGCCACGUGCUGCAUCCUGCACAAUAUAUGUGAAAUCAAAGGGGACGAGUUGCUGGAGCCGCUGGAAAGUCCUCCAGCAACUGAAAGUCAGAAUGCUUCAGCCAGGCCAAGGGUGCCGCUGUCAGAGGCUGGGCUGACCAAGAGAGCAUGCCAAAUAAGGGCUGCCUAUUGCUCUUAUUUUGAAAAGAAUCCUCUGUAGGGGGGGGCAGGGAAACAGGUUCACCUUCGCAUAUGAUUUCCAUGGCUGCGAAUACCAGCAUCCUUAGUGUGUGUGCCCAAGGUUAUGUCAAAUAAAAAGGAUAUGAUUUUGAA